ACUUCCGCACCCAGUGUUAAGUGCACCUAAACAAUGUUCAAACUGUGUCAAAUCAAAUGACGCGUUUAUUUUGCUAAUUUCUUCCCAGAUCUAAAGAAAAAAUUGAUUUGUAAUCCAAGUUGUCAUAGGAACCGUGGUAAUGACGUCAAGACGCAGGCGGCGUAGAAGUGUGACGUCGCCGAGAACCAGGAAGAGAGUUGCAGAAAGUAAAGAAACGUUUGGACAACGUGAGUUGUGUUGGGGGGUUUUCUCUGCUGUUAUAAAAGUCUGCGCCUGCAGGAAGAUUUUAACAACAGCAAGAUAAACCUGCUGUAAAGGGCUGUGACCAUGGCUCUGAAUAAGUCCAUGCAUCCUCGGAACCGCUACAAAGACAAACCACCUGACUUCGCUUACCUGGCCUCCAAAUACCCGGACUUCCAGCAGCACGUACACACCAGCCUCGCCGGAAGACCUGUUGUGAAUUUCAAAGAGCCCGAGGCGGUGAGAGCUCUGACCUGCACUCUGCUGAAGGAGGACUUUGGUUUGACCAUCGAGAUCCCUCUGGAGCGCCUCAUUCCCACCGUCCCCCUGCGCCUCAACUACAUCCACUGGGUGGAGGACCUCAUCGAUGGCCAGAAGCAACCACGCAGGGGCAUCGAUAUCGGCACCGGGGCGUCUUGCAUCUACCCGUUGUUGGGGGCCACGAUGAACGGCUGGUACUUCCUCGCCACAGAGGUGGACGACAUCUGCUUCGACUACGCGACGAAGAACGUGGAGCAGAACAACCUGUCUGACCUGGUGAAAGUUGUCAAAGUCCCUCAGAAGACUUUGCUGAUGGACGCCUUGAAAGAAGAGACCGAAAUAGUGUACGACUUCUGCAUGUGCAACCCUCCGUUUUUCGCCAACCAGCUGGAAGCAAAGGGGGUAAACUCCAGGAACUCACGGCGACCUCCUCCCAGUUCGGUGAACACGGGCGGGGUGACGGAGAUCAUGGCCGAGGGCGGAGAGCUGGAGUUUGUCAAGAGGAUCAUUCAUGACAGUCUGCAGCUAAAGAAACGCCUGAGGUGGUACAGCUGCAUGUUGGGGAAGAAGUGCAGCCUGACACCACUGAAAGAGGAGCUGAGGAAGCAAGGGGUGCCUAAAGUGACCCACACCGAGUUCUGCCAAGGAAGGACCAUGCGAUGGGCGCUGGCCUGGAGUUUCUAUGACGAUGUGAUCGUUCCCUCUCCCCCCAGUAAGAAGCGUAAACUGGAGAGGGCGCGUAAACCCCUGUCGUUCACACUUCCGGAGCCGGGCCUGAAGGAGCUCAAGGCCAAGGCCUCAGCUGUCGGCAGCACUGGCUGCAGCGCUGUGGACUGCGUCACUGCUCUGCUGGAGAAGACGCUCACUGACCUACGGGUGCUCCACAAACGCGUUCCCUGCAGAAAACAGGAGCAGAGCCUCUUCCUGACGGCCGUGGAGAACACCUGGAUCCACGGACGACAGAAGAGGCGAGAGCACAAGCGUCAGUUGCGAGAGCUUCCCAGAGCUCCUCACUGCGCUGGAACCACUUCUCAAACCGCUGUGGCCACAGCUGGUCCUGGUUCGCCGCCACCCACAUCCCCUCCAAAACGAAGCAGCAGCCAGGAUGAGGACACGGAGAACAAAGGUACGCCCUCAAACGAGCCGAGUAAAGAAGAAACGCAGACCACGGCUGGAGAGCAGGCGUUGGAAGACGUGGACAUGGAGUCGUCGGCCCGCACAGAAACGGGACAGGAAACAGACCCCAAGGAAACAGCUGACGCAGCCAGCGAAUCGCCCCCCAAAGGACCCCCGAGCCCCAGCGCACUCGAACACUUCCUGUUUAAGUGUCUGCUGAACGUGAUGCUGGAGGAGGGCGAUGUGUUGGUUGAGAUGCACUGGGUCGAGGGCCAGAACAAAGACCUGAUGAACCAGCUGUGCACUUACCUGAAAAAUACGCUUUUAAAGUCUGUCACAAAGUCCUAAAUGAUCAGAGGGACAAGAUGGCUACUGAAUACCCAUCAUGGAUGUUUAAUCUCUCACAGCAGUCGAAAGCUUAUGAAAAUUUUUGUUGUAGAACAACUACUGGAGGUUAAUACCAGUACAUUCAAAUCAUCUGAUUUUCUUACGUCACUUUACCUUUUCAGGUAUUCUGUACUGUAAAUUAUGUUCUCAAAGUUGUGAAAACAUUUGGAAUAAAUGUAAAUUUUUAUAACA